AGCGAAACGUGCUGUCUUUGUUUCUGUUUUGGUGAUUUCAUUUACUGUUUCGCAGUUCUCAGAGACGAAACAGUGACUCCGCGCGAGAGAUGUGUUGGGAUACAUGUUAAACCAACCUCCCCAGUCACCAAAUUCUUGUCUUGCCACCAAGUUUGAACAUCUUCUAUUAAUGUAAAAUUACGAUCACUUUGACAACGAAAACAAUGCAGCAAGCUCAAUCUACUGAUAAUUGCUACACCGACGAGAGACAGAGGCUAAGUCGUGCUUGGGCUGCACGACAGAGGCUUGCCAUGAGACAAAAGAUGAGAGAGAUGCGAUCAAUGACUGGGCAGGAAGGGCAUCCUCUCGAACAUGAAACGAUGAAAUGCUCCUCAUGUGGCAUCCAGAUAAAAGAUGAUGUGACUCCUUCUGCGACAGCGUGUCGUGUCAGCCUAGCCCCCGAUCAGGUUAUAUUAAUGAUGAACCCAGAUUCCGAGGCCUCCAGCGCACCGGGUAGUGUUUCUACAGAUAGCAGGUCCUCUGGUGGAGCCUCGCCUAUCGCGGUUUACCCCGGACUCUCUUUGGGACGGUCAGGAACUAUUAUCGUAGUGUCGACCUCCUCGGGGGCGUCUAGAGGAGACAGAGCGGCAGCUUUCACGACCGCUUUUUUGCACAAACUAGAUGCAGCCGCACCGGCCGUUAUCAAAGCUCUGGAUGGCUUGAACUAGGUUCUUUUUGUUUAAAAAUGCUUAUAGGCCAAAUCUUAAUUGUCUGAAGCGAAAAUUCUGAAUUUAACAUUAUCGAGCGCAGCGUGUUGAGGGGA